CAAAUUAUUUCAUUGUUAUUUCAUUUUCGAUUUAGUCAUUAAUUGUUGUUGUUUGUGUUCUACAUAUACGACGAGUGCUCAUGUUUUGUUUGUGAGCGGCUACGGCGGCAAACGAUUGGCAUAACUUAUCUAACCAGUUCUUAUCAGUGCAGUAGAAGGAAGUACUUACCGAUAUCGAUAUAAACCAUGACGAAAAUUCUGAACUAUAGCCUGGGCGGCUUAUUGCUACUAUUGGCAUUAACCUUUUCGGGACCACCAACCAUCGAAGGAGCUAAUAUAUUGGGUGUCUUCACCAGUCACAGUCCAUCGCAUUUUAUAGUUCACAUGUCUAUAAUGCAAACUCUGGCCGAGCAGGGUCACAAUAUAACCGUAGUCAGUUCUGUUCCACCCAAAGUCACGCACAAGAGUAUCAAACAUAUUGUGAUACCACUCAGUGCCGAGGAUGAGAAGUCGCUUAAUGAUGGCAUGUCAGCAUUGGCUAAACAGAAGCCAUCAUUUAUAACCACCAUGAAGACAAUGUUGUCCUCAUUGUCACUGCUGCUGACCAAGCAAGUGGAUGUUCUGGAGCAUCCGAAAUUCAAGGAGCUCUAUUUGAACAAGGAUAACAAAUUCGAUUUGGUCUUCAAUGGUUUCUUUUUCAAUCUCUAUCAAGUGGGUCUGGGUGCUCGUUUCAAUGCUCCAUUGAUUGUUUCAUGGUCGGGCCCUCCGGCUGCCAUGGUGAAUGGAAUUGUGGGGAAUCCGGAAUUGCCGGCGAGUGUGCCCAAUAUGAAUGUGGCUGUACAGCCCGGCCAAAUUAUGGAUUUUAAGUUGCGCUUUACCAACUAUAUAAGUGGAUUAUCAUUCGGAGCACUUACUUGGUACUUGGAAAGUCAAUUCAAUGGAUAUUACAAACGUAUUUUCGGCGAUGAUCCCACACUUCCCAGCUAUGAGGAAGCCAAGAAAAAUGUUUCCCUUGUAUUCUGCAAUAGCCAUGGCAUCAGCGAAGGACCAAUUAGACCAAAUGUUCCGGGAGUUGUGGAAAUUGGCGGCAUUCAAGUUAAGGACAAGCCCGAUCCUCUACCCACAGACAUCAAGGAGUUCCUUGACAAGUCGAAACAUGGUGCUAUUCUAUUCAGUUUGGGCUCCAAUCUCAAAGGUGACCACAUCAGUGCAGAUGUCAUUGGCGAAAUCUUCAAAGCCUUGUCGAAAUUGAAACAGCAGGUCGUAUGGAAAUGGGAUGAUCUAAAGAAUUUACCUGGCACUUCUCCAAACAUACUUUAUAAGAAAUGGUUGCCACAAGAUGACAUUCUGGCUCAUCCCAAAAUUAAAUUGUUCAUCACCCAUGCAGGCAAGGGUGGAGUGUCUGAGGCUCAAUACCAUGGUGUUCCUAUGUUGGCUCUACCCGUCUUUGCCGAUCAACCAGGAAAUGCUGAUAAACUUGUCGAUUCUGGCUACGGUCUGAAAUUGGAUCUCUUGACAAUUGAGGAAGAAACUCUGACAGCGGGCAUCAAAGAAAUUCUCAAUAAUCCCAGCUAUGCCGCCAAAUUGGAACGUUUCUCAAAACUUUAUCGCGAUCGUCCAAUGACAGCUCGCGAAUCGGUCAUCUAUUGGACAGAAUAUGUGCUGCGUCAUCAUGGUGCUCCACAUAUCCAAAGCCCACUGGUUCACAUGGGCUUCAUUGCCAGCAAUAACUUGGACAUCUAUGCCCUCUUGGUGGUUGUUCUUGUUAUCGUGAUUCUUAUAAAUAAGGUUGUGUGGACAUAUCUGUGGCGCAAAUGUUGCGGCAAAUCGAAAAAAGUUACUCAGAAGAAGGUUAAGAAGCAAUAGGUAGACAAAUAUGAAAAUUUUCAAUAGCUUUAAAUUUGUAUAUUUGUAAUUUA